UUGAGUUUCUCUCAUUUUAUGUUCUCAGUUCAUAGCGUAAACAGCAAAGAACUCGUGUUCAUCCCGCGUAAAUAAACACUAUUGUUGACAACAGACCAAACGUGUGUGUGCGUCAUAAUCCCGCGAAACAGUAAUACAUUUUUCCAAAAGACAUAGUUGACAAUGGCUCGUACCAAGCAGACAGCUCGUAAAUCUACUGGAGGAAAGGCUCCACGUAAGGAAGCAUCCGAAGCAUACUUGGUUGGUUUGUUUGAAGACACCAAUUUGUGUGCCAUCCACGCCAAACGGGUCACCAUCAUGCCGAAGGACAUCCAACUCGCUCGUCGUAUCCGAGGCGAACGUGCUUAAGCGAACAACAUCAAUUUUUCAUUACUCUUAACAUUACAUCAUAUUAAUACGAUAGCUGUAUUGACACUCUGUGUAGUAAUUUUUUUUUUCAAGUAUAAUUCAGUUUAUUGUACUGUUUACAUCUUUUAAUUUUCUGUCCACACCCAACCAAAACACUUGGUUUUCGUAUAUAAUUCAUUCCAGUGAAUUCAAAACGAGAGCAAAUUCAUUUGAUUAACAAGAUUUAAUUUUAUUCAUUUAAUUUUUUUAACAACAACAAAGAAUAUCAUCAUCACAAACGGUGAAGAAAUAAAAAAUAAAACAUACACAUACAAUGUUGGGAUGAAAAUCAUUACAAAAUGAAAAUGUUUCUUACAAAUUAGAUGUGAAUUUUGAGUUAAAAUCAACAAAUCCGAAAGUAAAAUAUUAAUCAGAAAUGA